GCGCGAGGCCGAGUGACUUUUCAGCCCGGCACGGAGCAUCGGGCGCAUUUCUCCUCGUAGGUUCCCAGUGGCCGGUGACGCGCUAAUCGUGAUGGCGAGGCGGCCCUCUGGAGCCGGGCCGCAGCAUCUAAUGCCGUCCGCUUGCAUCGUCCGUGUGGCCGCCUUGUUGCUGUUGGUGCCGGUGCCUGGGGCGCAGAGCGUCGGCCUCUACUCGCCUGGUGACCCGCUGGUGCUGCUGUCGGCGGAUACGUUGGAACGGCAGAUCUUCAAUUCCACUAGCGCGUGGGUGGUCGAGUUUUACGCCUCCUGGUGCGGCCACUGCAAAGCCUUUGCCCCCAUUUGGAAGGCGUUGGCCAACGACGUGAAGGACUGGAGACCUGCUGUGAUGCUGGGAGCGAUAGAUUGUGCUGAUUUUUCCAAUAGGAACAUCUGUUAUAAGUUUGGAAUAAACAGCUACCCUACUUUAAAGUUUUUCAAGACAUUCUCCAAGAAUCCUGAGGAUGGCAUACAAUUCAGCAAUCAUGGAAAAACCAUUCAGGCCCUAAGAGAGACCAUAAUCACCUUAGUGGAGCGUCAUGAAGCCAUAUGGCCUUCUGCCAGCCCACCUUUGCAGCCAACAAGUGUGAAAGAACUUCGUGAUUUCUUUCUGGUAAACAAUGUGACUUAUUUGGCCCUGAUAUUUGAAAAGGACGACUCCUUUCUGAGCAGAGAGGUAGCAUUGGAUAUGCUUCAGUUUGAGAAUAUUGCAGUAAGGCAAGUCCUGCAGAGCAACGAAGAACUAGUGAGGCGGUUCAACAUCACUACCUUCCCAUCUGGCCUCCUCGUGAUCAACAAUGGUUCUUGCAGGAGCAUCCCUGGGCAUGCUGAUUGGAGAUCCAACUAUACUAAAUUCCUGCAGAGCUUACCUCAGGUCUUUAGAGGAAAUGUUUUCAUACCAACAGUGCUACCUUCUGCACAGCCAACAACUGCCCUUGCGCUUUGGAAGGUGGCAGACAAGAGAAAGGUAUACAUGGCUGAUUUAGAAUCUGCAGUGCUUUACACCCUAAGGAUAGAGUCGACAGUAUUCCCCUACCUUAGGGGAAAGCGACUCUCUGCUUUGAAGGACUAUGUGUCUGUUUUGGUCAAGUAUUUUGCUGGGCGGUUGGUAGUCAAGAAUUACCUUAGCAUCCUGAAUUUGUGGCUGAGUUCAAGGAGAAGCGUUUUGCAGACAGAAUGGGUGGAAGCUCUAAGGAAUAAAAAGGAGUUUCCAAAUGCCACAUUACCUGAGAGACCUCUCUGGGUAGGAUGUCAAGGAAGCAAACCUCAUUUCCGAGGCUUUCCAUGUGGACUCUGGACUCUCUUCCAUCACCUGACUGUGCAGGCAGCAGGGCAAAACCAGCCUGGUACACCUGAAGUCCUUCCUACAAUGAGAAAAUACGUCCGCUAUUUCUUUGGCUGCAGGAUGUGUGCAGAACACUUCGAAAGCAUGGCAGCUGAAUCUAUGCAUGAAGUGCAGAAUAGAGAUCAGGCUAUCCUGUGGCUUUGGUCAAGACAUAACAAAGUCAAUGCUCGCUUGGCAGAUUCACCAAAUGAAGAUCCCAAAUUUCCCAAGAUCCAGUGGCCUUCCAAAGACUUGUGUCCAUCAUGCCAGUAUGCACAAAGUGAAAGGUCUUUGCAGGAUGAAGAAAAGCCUAUGUGGAAUGAGGAUGCUGUCCUGCUGUUUUUCAAAAAGCAUUUUUCUGAAAAUCAUAUUAUCAUGGAAUAUUUCACGGAGCAGAGAACAAGGAAUGGUCGAAGUAUUGCUCAGCAAAACUAUGAAGCUGAGUGGGAGCUAGAAGGGGAAAGAAGAGGAGAAGAGAAUGGCCAAGGCAAUCAAAAGGAACUAGAGGAAGACAAGAAGACAGAGCAGCCAGAGACUGGGAAAGUGGAAGAAAGGAAAUAUGGUUUGGGAAAACCUGGUUCUCCAGAGCUGCCUAAACCAAGUAUUGUCAAGAUGAACACAAAGGCAAAAGAAAUGGUGGAAGAUAUUGUUGAUCUUGAUACAUUUAGUGAGCAGCAUUUUAAGAGCAAAGCCUUGAGGAUGGCAAGACAGAUUAGCAUCAGACAGAGGCGGAGUAAGAGGGACACUGGGCUGUUCCUAAUAGAGAAUGAGGGCCGCCACUCACUUGAUUCUAUCAGAGAGUCCCUGAAGCAUAAGAACUUGGGAUCCCAGUGGUUCUCUGGCAUACAAGUGGAAGAGGUCAAAAAGGAGAAUACUUUGAGGGAAAACCAGUGGAUCCACUUCCUGGGAAUGGGUUUCUCCCAGUUGGAUGUCAGCUUGUGUAUUCUCUUGUACUUGCUUUCUUCUGUGUGCCUGUUGGGCAUGUACAUCUUCUUCCGCAUGCGCAUGAGUUACCGCAAGGGCCGGUCAGGCUACCCAUUGACCUGAAAUUGAAGCAGAGGUGCAGCAGCCAGUGGGUAAAGGAGGGGUGUGUGCAUAUCAGCUUGUUGUGGUGAUCUCUCUCUAAACUAACAAUUCCUAUCCUGAAUAUACAGAGCUACAAAAAUACGCAGAUGAUAAUGUCAAUUGUGAAGGGUGCAGACUGGUAGAGUAUGCAGUUGAACCUCCUAAAAUGCGUGGAAAUUGCUACUUCUAUGUAUGAAAGAAUACCUGGUGAAAGGACAGGCCUGUUUUGUCACAGUUGCUACAUCAUUUGUAUAUAUUUGUGAUUCUGUACCAGAAUAAAAUAGUUGAGAUUAGUGCCAAAAGGGGAGUGGGUUCAUAUUUCAGAGGACAUGGUGACAGGCUGAUUGUCUGAGGAAUCAGGGGGCUCUUAAAUAUUUUGGCUUUUGGGUGGGGAGGAAGGAUUAGUUAGCUGAAAGGAUCUCAUUAGAUAAAUGUAGAAGAUCCUCUUUUUAACAAUCAAUGUAACAGAACUACCUUUCUUUAAAAGCAUGGCUAGUUUAAGACCAGCAACAAAGUGGCAGUUCUGAAAUCUUUGUGCCUUGUGUUUUGAGAUAUGUCUGAGCCCUGUAACAUUGUGAAGAAACCUUAUGGUCUAGGUAUAGAACCACAGUCUAAAAUCCUGAGCAGGAAGAUGUCUUGAUCAGUUUUAAUCUAUUUUCAAAAGUUUCUGCACCACUAUGAAAUUACCUUCAGUAAAGCCACCUAUAUGGUAUUGUUUGCAGCUGGUGGUAAUCAAACAAACAAAAAAGAAUUAUGUUCUCCCAUUCACACCCAUCUAAGAUACAAAUUGCAUAGGCAGAGGAGUUUGUUCACCCUCCUCCGUGACUUCUUGUGAACAUACUUGGUGCUUUUGCUUGUAUUUUGCAUGCAGCACAGCCUCUUCCCUUGAUGAGAAGACAGAAGGCAAAACAACCCUUAAGGUUUUUGAACUUGAACUCAUGGUAUAAAGAAUUAAAAGCAGUUGGCAACAAGUUCAGGUCAAGGCUGUGCAGUGGGAUAGAUAGAUCAGAGUAAGUCAAAACCUUCUAACCAGGGCAGCAGUUUUUACUAGCUGCUAUCUUUGUUUCAGUCCUUUCACUGUGUCCUUUCUCUUUCUCUCUUUAGUUCCAGCCUUUUUCUUCCUAGCUAUCCUGAUAGCUUCAGCUUUGAUGUCAUUCCCCUUUUUCCAUCCAACUCUAUGGACUUAUAUCUACCCAAGUUUUCUAGUCAGGUUACUUAUAUCUUCAUAUUUUACUUAUUAGGAGAGAAGAAGUGAGGGCAAGGAUAUAUUUUUAGGAGUGAGAAGUGCAGCUAUCUCUUCCUGAGCCAUAAGUUGAUGAUUUCUUAAAUUAUUAGAAUUAUCCCAGUUGGGGCACAUGCAUUCAACUGGAAAGAGUUCUGGGGGUAAGUUGAUCAGGACCUCUAAGGAUCCUUUGGCUACUAGUUUGGUCCAUACAGUUGUUGAUGAUUACUUUCCAGUUGUUCUUGAGCUAACUCAGUGGGGAAGGAAAUAGCAUGGUCUUGUUUAAAAAGAAGUUAUUGACAGUAAGUAAGAUAAAGAGCUAGUCAAGCAAGCUUUCUUCACUGGGGAAGAAAGGUAAGAAUUUAUAGGGUAGAAAGACAAAUAAUGAUGAUGGGCCUAGCUGCCUAAUAAGACAUUGCAAACCCCUGUUCAUUGCAGUUACUUGGUGGCUGUUACCCUAGGAGGAAAGUGGCUGACAUGUGGAAAAAUGGGACAAUAUAUAGCAUAAUCAGAUAUUAUUGGAAGUGCAUUCCUCAGAAAUUGACAUUUUUUUCCACAGUGCUUCUUUUAUCUUGUUUUCUUCUCCAGUUGUCUUUGCAAGUGAAUGCUCAUUUUUAUGCAAGUACCUUCCAUAAUGUUAUCCAGUGCAACUGAGCUAAUAUGAGUAAUGACUUCAAGAGUUUGCGAUUCAAACUUCAUGUAUCUCCAGAACUUUCCUGGUAGUCAGACAUGUGCCCUCAAAUUCAAUCUUCCAGCUGAUAGAUACGUAGAUAGAUAUUUUUUUCACAAAAUUGGUACAGAUUACUGUGUGAUGAGUCUUUAAAAUCUACAUUAAAAUAGGUAUUGAUAUUAAUCUCAGAAUAUCUAUUUUUCUAGGUAACCUUAUUAGAAAAUAAGGAGGAAUAGACCUUCAAAUAUAGUUCCUCUUUUGGCCUUUGAGAAAUGCUAGCAGUUUUAUUCAGCUUUAUUUUCAGCCCCUGCUUUGGUAUGUUAAAAUAAACAAGUCUAGAAAGUAGUAUCCUGACAAAACAUCUGAAGGGAAUUAAUCACUAGCAUUCCUCCAUUUGUCACAUUUUCCCAGUGUUUUUCAACCUCAGCAACUUUAACCUUCGUGGACUUUAACUCCCAGAAUUCCCCAUCCAGCAUGCUGAGAUUGAAAAACACUGGUCCAGACUAAAUUUGAUUAGACUGUAGGAUUCCAAAUGAUAUGAACUUUCUGAAAACACUUAAUGCCAUAGAAUACUUAGGCUUUCUGAAAGGCUUCCCUUGGGACAAUGGCCUUUCUAACAGUUAUUUGCCAUUUGAACAUGUGUCUGAGGUAAUAGUAUGGUUAAAAUAGAGUAAUGAAAGUUCAGUAAAAUUACUAAAUUUAAAUUUUAAGGUCUGCGGGUCAAGGACCUAACCAAACGUUUAGUAUGCAUCAUAUUUGCACUAAAUGAGAAAUACUAGACUUUCACAGGUAGCAUAUAAUUCAGGCCUACCUGGUUCCAUGUUGUACAAAAAAAUAAUUUCUGAGAGUUUUGAAAUGCAGCUUUUUAAUAUAACAAGAGAUUUCUUUAAUUGUAAACUGGCCUUGCAUUCUCUUAUGGUUGCCUAUCAGUGACAGUAAGCAUCAAGAUUAUAUUUUGUUUGUUAAAGGUUGUGGGGGGGGGUCAAGGUAGGAUGCAUUCGAGAUUUUCUUUCAGAUGAUGUAGAUGUAUCUUUGUACAUAGGCUCUGUGAUAAAAACAAUGCUACAACUUCCUUGUUUCCUUAGUUAACAUAAUUGUAGUUUCACCUAUUAAUUUAUUUAAGGGCUGGUAGGUUUGAAUGACUAUUCUAAAAACCUGUUAGUUCUUCUUGAGUAUUGUGUUAGAGAUUAGCUUUCAGUGUGCUAUUUAGCCAGAUUUUUAAUAGCUAGGGUGGGAAUUCUACUCUCAUGGAACAUACUCUAUUCUCAGAAAAAGUGGUUUGCCUCACAAAUUGUUUUCACAGUUGCUCAAGUCCUAGUACCAUCUAGUAGUAACUGUACAUGUUGAGAGUAUGUGUGCUUGGUCAAGGGUAGGGAGUUAAAUUAUCUACAAAAUGCAAAGAAUUAAUAAAGGUAAUAAAAGUAUUUUUAAUGGCUCCUACUUACUACUUCUUUUCCCCUUAUGAGUAAGAUUGAGAGCAGUUCUCCUCUACUCAUAUAUGGUGAUGAAGACUACUAGAGGCCAGAAUGUAUUGUAGUGAUCAAAUCUGUCCUGUGAACUGUCACUUGACUAUCCUAUAGUGACAAUAAUGAUGUCUUCUUCAUGCCUUACAGUGUGAAAUAAAGAUGAAGAUCAAGACUAAAAACUAAAAUCAUGGAGUAGGCCUGUAAGAUUAAAUGGUUUAUCCUUGUCCCUCUUGAUCAGAUUAAUCUCCAAUUCCAUUAAACUAAUAAAAGGGAACAUAAUGUUGGAUAAGGCUUUCUGGUAACAUUCUGCUUCAUAACAAAUGUGUUGAGGCUGGGGGGUAGUGGGGAAUCACCAAGCCAAGUGCUCCAUGUAUUUGGGCCACAGACUGACUGGGGAAUAAAUGAGUAGGUGUUAUGUGCAUGGUAUACACUGAAGUUGCUCAUUAUGUGAUCUCCACAAGUAUGCCUUGUGUUUCCCAGAAUUUCUGUGGCAGUCUACCUCAAAGGUCAUUGCAGAGAGAAACUGUCCUAGCCAUCUUCUCAUACAACUUGUCUGCUACUCCUUUUCCCCUGCUGGUUGCCUUAUAAUGGGUCACUGAAGGAGCCACUUUAAAACAGGAAAGGGGACUUUUUUUGGUUAGCUUUCACUUCUUUAGAGCCAUGUGAGGUUGAUUUACUGCCUUUUCUUUGUAUUCUUCCAUGCUGCAUAGAAAUGGUCCAAGAAGCAUCUGUUUUCCCAAAUUAUUUGACCUGGUGGAAUAAAUUUAUUUUUGCUAAUAAAUAAGUUUGUGUGCGUA